AUGAAUAAAAAAGAAAAACUUUUUAUAUCUCAUUAAGUUGACUUAUGUCUUAAAUCUAAUGAAGAUAGCUUUAAGCCAUUAGCUACAGCUGCUUGUACUGGUAGUGAUUUUAAUUUUGAAGAUAAAUUUUCGUAAACUGCUACUUCAUCUAAAUUCAUGAAACCGAAUUCAAUGCACAGUAUUCGAAAUAUUUUUGAUGGUAUUUAUUAUUAAUUUAAUAUAGAUGUCAAUAAUGAAGAAAGAAAAAAAUACAUUGAUAGUUAAAUUGGGCCUAGAUUUGAAGAUGAUAAAAAAGAAAAGAUUGUAAAAUGGUCUAUUGUUGGUAAACCUGAAUAAUUUUUAUCUGUAAGAAAUAGAAACAGAUAAAAAGUUGUUAUUAAACAAAAAAAAGGAGAUGGUGAUGAUUCUUUUUCAGAUGAUGUACCAUCAUCAGUCAAACCAAUUAUGUUAUAGUAAUCAUAAUCAUAAAUCUCUGGAAUGGGAUAAUAAAGAAAAACACCUAAAAAACCAAGAGGAGAAUUUAAAAUGUUACCUAGACAAGAAGCAUUAAUUAAAAUGGUUGAAGCUAAAAAAAGAAUAGAAACAAAUUUAAAAGAUAAAUUAAAAUAUGAACAAAAUCUUCCACUUCAUUUCCAAAAUGCAGUAACAAGAGAUAAAAGAAUAUUAGAUAAGUUUGAUUUAUAAAAAGAAAAGUGGGAGUUUUUCAAUAAUUAGAUUGCAUCAAAUUGUGAAAGAAAUCCUUUUAAUACUAUAAUGAUUAGAUCUGACAAUUAUAGGGAAAAAAACUAAAAGAUUAGCAUUAUUGAAUCUUUAAAAAAUGAAGAUGAGAAAUAUAAUAAUAGACUUUGGUAUAUGAGACUAAGAUGGUAUGAUAAUAAAGAUGAUAGACCUCCUUUCACUUUAAUAACAAAACCUAAAUAAAAGAGUCUCCCUCUUUCUAGUAGAUUAGUUAAUCGAUUUGUCAAGGACCCUGAUGCUGAACAUUUAGCUUAUUAAGAGAAUUUUGUAUUAUCAGACAUCUAAAGCAACUUUAAUACUAAGAUUAUAGAAAAUCCUUAUUAGCAAAUAGAAAAAGUGAUCUCAAAUAGUAAAUUAAAUGCCACUAUAUUUAGAUAAACACAACAAACUAUAUAGUAAAAAGUUAGAAUAAAUGUUUACAGACAAAAUAAAGGACAAGCCAAAAAAACGAUAUGUUGAUUCAAAUGAAUAUCUUGAAGUUACAGGAAUCAAUGUUUAUAAUAAAGAACUUGAUUUUAUUCGAAAUAAUAAAUAAUAAGAAUAUCAAUAUUUUGAAGAAAAAUAGGAUGAAUAAGAGGUAUAUGUAGAUAAUUGGAAUUCUCAAUAAUUAGCUAAAACAGGUUAACCAUUGAAUUAUGAUUUGAAAUGA